AUGUCACGUCCGCCAGAGCUCGACCGCAAUCAAGAUGCCACCUGCUAUAUCGGCAACAUCGAUGAUCGUGCUACCGACGCCAUCGUUUGGGAACUUAUGAUCCAAGCUGGUCCCCUCGUCAAUCUUCACCUUCCGAAAGAUCGCAUCACUCAAUCUCACCAGGGCUAUGCAUUCGCUGAAUUUCAGACUGAGCAAGAUGCUGACUACGCAUGCAAAGUUAUGAAUGGUCUCAAGCUGUACGGCAAACCGAUCCGAGUUAACAAAGCUUCCAAUGACCGCAAGCAGAUCGACAUUGGCGCCAACCUCUUCGUUGGCAGUCUCGACCCCGCAGUCGAUGAGCGCUUGCUGUACGAGACCUUCUCUGCUUUCGGUGGUAUUAUUGGUCUGCCCAAAGUGGCAAGAGAUCCGGCCGGCGGCGAGCCCAAGGGAUUUGGAUUUGUUUCUUUUGACAGCUUCGAAGCUGCUGAUGCCGCCAUUGAGGCGCUCAAUGGUCAAUUUUUGCUCAACAACAACAUCACAGUCGACUAUGCAAUCAAGAAAGACAGCAAGAAUGGAGAAAGACACGGCACGGCGGCAGAGAGACUUCUUGCGGCUCAGGCGAGAAAGAACAAUGCUCUACCGACGCAGCAAUAUCCACAACAAGCUGGGCAGCCACCACUCGGUCCCAUGGGUGCCCCUUAUCUCCAGCAGCCUCACGCUGCCGCAAACAGCAAUGCACACCAAGCACAAGCAGCUUGGACCGGAUUUGCGCAACAGCCCCCUGCCGCAGCUUCCCAUGCUUAUGCGCAAGGACCACUACAACCUCCACCGCACCUUGCGGCCUACCAGCAAAACACAGCGGCCAUUCACAUGAAUCCAGGUGCUCCGCCAGCUUAUCCUCAAUAUCAGCAGUGA